AUGAUGGACCUGAACAACCUCAAGAGCAUGGCCAACCGGGCCGGCAACACGCUCUACUUCGCGGGCGCGGCGGCGGCCGAGAUCGGCAAGGAGAAGGGAACACAGGCGCUGGCGGCGGCGUCCGGGGCCGCGGCCCAGGUCAAGAGCUCUCAGACGUACCAGAGCGCCACGGUGGCCGCCACGCUGGGCCGAGAGAAGGUCAAGACGUCGCAGGCCUUCCAGGUGGCAUCCUCCGCCGCCACCGUCGGCAAGGAGAAGGCCACGACGGCGGCGUCCACCGCCGCGACGGUCGCGUCGGCUGGCCGCGUCAAGGCCGCGGGCGCGUUUGUGAUGGCCAAGAACCGCAUCGCUGGCUUCAAGACGGGCAAGUCGCCCAACUCCCCGCAGCCCGGCAACCUGCCGUCGGCCGAGAAGGAGUUCUACAAGUACGAGAUGUCGGAGGAAGAGAAGGCGAAGAAGCGCGCGCAGGCGCGGCGUCGCGCCGAGAAGAACAAGCACCCGGUGUCGAGCUCCAGCUCGAGUUCGAGCUCGCGACGAGAAGGCAGUUCUAGAUCGGCCACCAGUUCGAGCUCCAGAUCUGGCAGCAGCAAGUCCAGUAGCAGCAGUAGUAGCUCCAGUAGCAGGAGCGGCCAUCGGUCGGCCGGAGGCAACAGCCGACGACCUGGCAGCAGCAGACGCAACAAAGGAGAGCACCAAUUGUAGGACGAACACGAAGCCAGAAGCUGCAACUCUUAAUGUACUGGUGGUGCAAACCGUGAG